UUAACAACUUAUGAGAUAUUAUUUCAAACCCUUCAGAAAAAGUUAACUGACACGUAUUUUCUUUGACGUGUUUCUUUGGGAUAUAACGGUUAGCUCAAACCUUUAUGCGUUUGCAAGGUGACUGAAGAGGAUGAUCUUACUACUCUUGUCACAUAGCGAAUCGUUGUCAUCAAAAGAUGAGAAAUUGAAGAAUGUAACUGAGGUUCAUUUUAUGGGCAUUUUGCCUGAUAUCAAGUUGACAGGGUCAGCCACCCGUGAUCGUGAGGCCCAGCUGGUGGACAGAAUUGAGGAGGCUCAGAUAGAAGGCAGGUUACCAAUGAGUGCACAGGAAGAAAGCAGGGUGAAGUUAAACGUUUCCUUACACGGAAUUCAAGUUCUAGACUUGAAAGGACAGGAAGUGCUCCAGAGACAUCCCCUGCACACCAUUGCCCAGGUUGUACACUACAGUGACGGAGGCAGCAUCAAUAACAUUGCCUUCAAGAUUGGCCUUGUGGACAAACACACGUACAGUGCCUACGUCUUCCAGUGCGUUAGUGAGGAACACGCCGUGCUGAUUUGUCAACAAGUGAAGUCCAUGUUUGAUAAAGUGACAGAGAAAGGCAGAUAAAUUGCAUUUGUACAAACAUUACCCAUGGUCUUUCAGUCAUCAAAUGUUCAUUAAACAAUGUGGGAAGACGGACAGAAUUGCAGGAUGCGGUUUGAUAUGAAUAUAAACAAUGAUUCUCGAAAUGUCGUGUUGAUGAAUAUAAUUGCCUAGCGACAUCAUAGAAUCUUUGUUAAGACUUUAUACAUUGUUUUAUAUUAAAAUGUUCAUUAAACGAAUAUGAAUUAC